UAACAGGCAGAUGAGGAAAGCACGUGAGCGUUACUCCACAGGGCCACUCCAGAACUCAACCCACUAUAAUAAAUGGCAUCAAGAUCAUACCUGUACCCAUUCCGUCAGACAACUACAGCUAUGUGGUCAUUGACACCACAUCAAAUCUUGCUGCUGUGGUGGACCCCGCCAACCCCCAGCCUGUUCAGACAUGCCUAGAGGAAGAGUGGGUGACGUUACAAGCUGUUGUCUGCACACACAAACAUCGGGACCACAGUGGAGGAAAAAGGACUUUAAAGAGGCGCUACAGUUCCUGUCAAGUGUAUGGGAAUGCUAUGGUCAACAUUCCUGGCCGCACACAAACUCUUAUUUUGACACAACGCAGAAACCAGACUCUUCUCCUCCAAAAGUUUACAUCUUCUUCCAACUUAGCGAGUUCAGGCAACAUUUUGAAUUGGAUCUGGAUUUUCUGAGACACAUGGAGAAGAGUGAAGAAACCCAGAGUGAAAUAGAGGAACUGAAACCUUCAGUUAAUGCAGUGGAGUUUAUUGACAGCAUUGUACCCAGGGAUCUGGAUCAGUGUGUGUUUGCGGACUCACUUGUGACAGUGUCAAAUUCGGACAAGGAGCUUGGAGACUUCUCUGUGAGUGUCACAGAGGCAAGCUACAACGAGGAGCUCUGCUAUCUGCUUCAUGCCAAUAGUCAUGGUAUGAUUGAUGGCAUACCUUGUGGCACAACCAUUGUGGCCUAUAUAUCUGGAAGGCUUGAGAUAUUGGAAGAGAAUCAUCAUGAAUAUGUAAAGCUGGACAGCCACACACUGGAUCGGAAGUUACAUCUGGUUAGACAACAUGAACAGCUAGUGGUAAACAGGAUCAUUUCAGAGAAGGAGGGAGUGAAGACAGAAACCCUUACAUUUCCAUUGAGCUCUUUAAAAGGCUUUGUUUCUGAGGCUUCUAACUUCCUGAUUCUGCGCAUACUGGCUCGGAAGAAGAUUGUUCCAGAAAACAUGACAUUCCUGUCAUUUAAUGAAGAUACUGUGAUAUCUAAGUCAGUCUAUAGAACUCUUGGGUGGAAGAAGCAGAUGAUUGGGGAAGAAUUGGUCGAUAUCUUUGGAAUCGAAAGGGCUGUUUCCUCUUCAAAGGACAUCCCAACAACUUGGCAUUGCUACUUCCUGUCUGAUGGGCAUCUAGCAAGCAGAGUGCAACUGGGCUCACCUGCAAUGAUGAAGAUACUGCAUUUGCCCCUCAUGCUCGAUGGAGUGGAGAAAGACCAGCAUUCUGUGUUUGAGAAGAAGCCACUCCAGUGGGACGAAGACAUGGAGCUUUAUUCAAAGUUUCUUGACAGAAAGGAGGAGCUCAAAGCAGACUACCUCUCCUACGUCAGACAACACCCUGAGCUAAAGGCUUUAAUGGCUGACUUCCUGCAAUUCCUGCUGUUGAGGAAACCUCAAGAUGUCUUCUCCUUUGCUCGUGACUUUUUUGCACCCUUUUCCUCUCAAAGUCCUCCGGGAAACCCCUGUGAAGAUUCCCAAAACAUAAAAAUUCCUGAGAUACUGGAUAAUAAACCCUGACCUGAGGUGUUAUUCUGUACUAUGUAACAGGGAGAUAAAAUAAAGGUUUAC